AUGGCACAACAUCAACUGUGGAGUGACGGACAGGAUAGAGGAAUAGAGAUUGCAGGCUGGUCCAUACAAGCUCACAAGGCUCCCAUCCUCAAUGCAGCCCAGACAGACAAAGCGACGGCCGAACUCGACUUUCCCUUGCCAGAGAUCUGCUUCGGCAACAACUCGCUCACGCUCCGACACAAAGCAUCACGAUCGAGCUACGUGUUCGAUACAAUGAGCGCUUUACACGCUGUCGAUCCGACGGGCGAACAUCCCACCGGCGGCUUGCUGGGUGUCAAAGUUGCUCACGCGAAUGAAUGGCAAUCUACUCGAGAUCCUGUCCUGUCCGGCUGGGGAACGACACAAGAAGCGCAGACAUUGAAGAUUGCCAAGAAAUUCGAUUGGUCUUACACGACUGCUUACCCCGGUCAUUCGCCCGAUGAUUCGCUCAGCUGGCAAGUGAGAAAGGACCACAACGGUAUACCGAUGGAAAGGCUGGCCUCCCAGACAGAGCCGAUACUCUUCUUUGAAGAAGUGUGUCUGUUCGAGGACGAACUACAUGACUGUGGCACUUCGCGUCUCGACGUACGCAUCAGGGUCAUGCCAUUUGGUUUUUUUGUUCUGUCGAGGUUCUUUCUACGGAUCGAUCGUGUCCUCUUUCGUAUAUUCGACACACGUCUCUUUCACGAUUUCGCCACAAACGAGAUCAUACGAGAGACCAGAGGACGACAAGCAGCCUACGAUACCGUCUUGGCACAAGCAAAAGCCGAACGGAAGGACGAUCUGAGUGCUUUGAACGACCCGGUAUGGGUGGCCCAUACGCUCGGUUUGCUCGACCGGAUACCCUCGUCAACAUCGACGAGUGCUGUAAGCAGCACAGCUUCCUAUUUGGCGCAGAACACUCGUCAAGCAAGUACAGUCGUACCCGGCGUCUGCCUGCCGAAUCGGACACCGCAAAUUGUAGCCCAUCGCAAGAAUCAGCCGAGCGAGUCGAUCAAGCUGCCGACCUGGAACGGCGACGUCACGCAACUAGAGAUAGCUCAGAUGAGCUAA